UCUCAUGGAACCUUCUGUCGCGUAGAAGUGUGUCUCAUUGGUGGGUCGAGAGCUAGAAGAAAGUGAAGCUCGGAGAGAAUACCGAACAACCAGUUACACAUUUCAGAUUUGAAGUGUAUUUCCCUUUCAUUUUAUCCACCGUGUUUCUUUCCUCACCAACUCAACUAGAAGGAAAGAAAGGAUUUUAUUUAUUUAUUAUUAUUUUUUCUUGCACUGAAAGAAGGAGGCUUGGAAAUGGCGUCAAGGGAACGAAAACCCAGAAAGAGGACGACGGGUACCACGCGCAUGGAUGCUGCCCUGGACGCAAUGCGUCUAAUUGGGUUUGGGAUAAGACUGACUCGAGAAACGGUUAACGAGCUUCUCGAUGUGUAUGGUGGAACUCAAGGAUGGCCCUUUAUUGAAGAGACCUCUUACAAGCUCUUAAUCGAGACCUUACUUAGCAAACAAGAAGUUGCUGUAGAAAAAGUUAAGGAUGGUAAAGGAGGGGGUGGUGUUAAUAAUGUGACACCAUCUGGUCGGAUUUCUGAUGUUGGUCCUUCUAGACUGGUGUCUGAAAACACUGUAUUGCAUACUGGUAGGGAUGGUUUGGACUUAACUACUCAAAUCACUGAUCAAGGAGAUGCAUUACGUAACAAUCUAGAAAUUGAUGUUGGGGAUGUGGCCUUGCAAGCUGCUGGAGGAGGACCUGAACAAGGCACGAACAAGUCAAAGAAUGAGCAAAAGCCUGUAGAUAAUGUCAAAGAAAUCAAUGAUAGCACCAUUGUCAACAAAGUUAAGAGCCCUUCUGACAAGGCUCCUAUGAUUCAAUCUUCAAAAGCAUUUAAUCCUCUUCCGAGUCACAGGCGUGAAGGUUACUAUGGAUGGAUUGAUAAUGGUAGUGAUGAGGAUAAGGAAUAUGUCCACUUUCCAAUUCCACAAUUAUCUGAACAAAUUGAAAAGAUGAUUGGACAGUAUGAAGCUCCUCGAAGUGGCAGUAGGAGAAGGCAAAAGAGUAGAUGGGAUGAAAAACCAGAAUGCAAGUAAAUGAAUCUCUUGGCCAUUGUUUUGCCAUUGUAAGGAAGCUAGGGUCAUACGUAUAGACUUUGAAGAUGUCUCAAUUGAUUUAUUUUUGUUACAUCAUCUAAUAUUAAAAAUGAGAUCUCAAACAAAAGUGCUAUUAAAUA